GCACCUAUAUAAACCCCCGGCCCCUUUCCGCUCAUCAACACUCACCUGCUGACUAGCAUCAGGUCACAACGUUGCGCUUAAAGUCGCCAGAUUAAUAGCACUGAAACACAAACCCAAAGAAUGGAUUCUUGGCUCAACAUGGUGCUGCUGUGUGGACUUCUGUUGAUAGCAUCUCUUCAGACAACCAAAGCGUUCAGAUUUCCACGGUCCAAAAGCAACAAGAUCCAAAUGCUGAAUACAAAUAUCCACAAUCUGCAAGCGCAUUAUAAUACAGGAGGCCCAGAGUGGUUUGGAAAGUCUGUUUUUGUAUCUCAUCUGGAUCAGCUGAAUUCCAAGCCUUCCUGCACUUGUCAGGCACUGUUGCUUGAAAGAAUGCUGAAAAUCUAUGAAGACAUUUUCCAAGACAUGUUGAAUAAGUCUGAGGAGAAAGAAGUGAAAGAAAAUCUAAAAUAUGUUAUGACUGAGGUGAACAAGCUGAAACACAAGUACAGUGUAGAACAUAAAGUAUUGAGAGAGCUUCAGGACAUUCACUCAGUCAAGGUGAAAAAUGGAACAGUCCAAGGAGGGGCAUUAAAUGACUUUCUUAUGGUGUUUAAUCGGGCCUACACAGAAAAGCAUCAUCACAGGACUAUUGUCAGGACACGAGUAGAGUCGGGUGUUCUGAGACAGCUUAAAAAGUCAACUUCGGCUUUUAAAAGAAAGGACUACAAGUCAAACUUCAGCGAGAGACUUAUACUAACAAGGACUAUGACUGCGCAACACAUGAUGGCCCUUUUCUGGGGAGUAUGCUUGUUGAUUUUAGGACAGAUGACAUACGGCGAGGCCAGCGUCCCUGAGAACCUGGACAAGAGCAUCGACGAGCUUAAAGUGCACUAUAUAAAAGAUGACAGUGAGCUACACAAUGCACAUCCUGUCUUCCUACGUUUCCUAAAAGACAUAAAGGGGACUCUUGAGGAACCUGAGCAGAAUCUUUUGAUGAGCAUCAUAAUGGAUACAUACAGUAGGAUAUUCACUCGCAUGCAGAAGGAUAGUAAGGACAAAGCUACAAAAGAAAGACUGGCACAUGUUCAAGAGCAUUUGAAAAAACUGCAAGAAAACUACUUCCCAGGCAAAAGUGCAGAGCUCAAGACGUAUGCAGAAACCCUUUGGUCGAUCAAGGAAGAUGACCCAGUCGUCCAGCACAAAGCAUUGUUUGAGCUGAAGCGUGUCUACAGAGAAGCAACACAGCUGAGAAACCUGAAGAACAAAGAGCGCAGGAGACGACAAACCAAAAUCACAAGAAGCAAAAGUCUUAAUAAAUCUUGAUCAACAUUUAAAAGAAUGGUGGAAUAUCAAUGUUAUUUAUUCUAUUUAUGACGUUUACUGUACGUAUACACAUUGUGUACAACAGAUGUUUGUUGAAAUUUACAUUAUUUAUUUGUUCUUAUUUAUUUAAAAAAGCACUGUAAACCUCUUGCUAGUAACAUAGCAAAAUUUGUA